GUUGCAAUGAAGUACGUUAAAAAGUUUCAACCAUUCACAUUAGAUAUAUUCAAACCAUGGCAAUUGUGAUCUUGUUUUAUCAUAGAAACCAACGCAGGUCAUAAUAAAGUGCGAGUGGUAAACAGGUGUGUCCCAUGGAAACCACGGGAUGGCUUUAGUUUCGACUCAAACAAACAGGUGUACACCAAGUCUGUGGGACUCAAAAUGCCAAGAUUGCAGCAUGGCCCGUCUAUGGUUGAUCAAAUGACAAGACUCAAACUCAAACUGCUGGAGAAGAGACUGGAAAACGAAAAGCACAACAUGCACAAUAGAGCAGAGUCUACCCAGUCUGCAAGGAUUUAUGAUGGGCAUCUAGAUCAACUGCACUGUGCACUGAGGCGGAAGCAGGAUCUGCUGAAAAGACUCAGGGAUGAGCACAUAUUAGAGGACCUCAGCAGACCUCACACCUGGGGAGGGUCACAUAAGUCGCAUUUCUUCAGACUCCACCAGCCCACUCCUGCUCUGUCCUUUCUGGUCCCUCCACCUCCUGCCCCGCCUCAGCCUCCACACAUCAUUCAACAGACUCUUCCCCAGCAGCCUGCCACCAUCAUACAACAGCUGCCACUGAUUACUCAGAUCCCCCCACCACAGCCCUACCCUCCACCAUGCUCAGGCGGCAUCAAAGAGGACAUGGUGGAAUUGAUGCUGAUGCAAAAUGCCCAGAUGCAUCAGCUCAUAAUGCACAAUAUGAUGCUGAAAGACACGCCUCCUAUGUGGCCACCAGUGCCCUGUUACUGUGCCCCUCAAACGACGUAUCUUGGGCAGGACAGUUAUCGGGGAAACCCCAUUUUUGUAAGGCCAGAUGUUCAACCCAGAGGAAGUGCUGUCCAUCAUCAUCAUUACUAUGGUACCACCCCUGCAGCGCGACAGCUGCCUCCCAUCAGCCACCCUACAUGGCCACCAGAGGCAUCAUCUGUCCUAACAGGACAAGCAGGAGGACAGCUCCCCUCUGUACACAACGAAGCAGCCCCUUGCACACUCCCUCCACUCCACGCAGGACUCAGAUUUCUCUUUGAGAGUCCCCCGCAGAGAGACCAUGGACGACUGGAUAAGACUGGUCAAACAUAUACAGUAUAAAAGGAACAAAAGAGGAGAUAGGAUCACAUUGCACGUGGAAUAAUGGAAUUAUGUCUCGUGAAAAAGUUGCUUUUCCUUGAACAUUUUCAAAAUGUAUCCUGUAUGAAUGGCAGAUAAUUGUGAACUACUUUUGACAUGCUUGCUUCUCACCACGACGCGAUCCCACAGAAUAACAUUAAAAAGUAUGUUUACCGGC